AUGUCAGAAGAUGUCGAUAUGAUUGAUGUUAAUUCUUCAACAACUAAAGAAAAUCAUCCACCAACACACUCGAAAGAAUCUGAUGCGACAUCAAAAACAACAACAGUAACAAAACAUACGCCGUGGCUUGAAAAAUACCGACCGACGAAACUCGAUGAUAUUGUUGGCAACGAAGAAGCUGUGUCACGUCUUGCUCAUUUUGCUCGACAAGGCAAUUUGCCUAAUAUUAUUAUCUCCGGUCCACCCGGUUGUGGAAAAACAACCAGUGUUCUUUGUCUCGCGAGGCAAAUGUUAGGCGAAUCAUUUCGUGAAGCUGUACUCGAAAUGAAUGCAUCGAAUGAUCGUGGUAUUGAUGUUGUACGUACAAAAAUCAAAAUGUUUGCUCAAUCCAAAGUAUCGUUACCAAAAGGACGACACAAGAUUAUCAUUCUCGAUGAAGCUGACAGUAUGACAGAAGGUGCUCAACAGGCAUUACGUCGCACCAUGGAAUUGUAUUCGAAAACCACUCGAUUUGCAUUAGCCUGUAAUGCUUCAGAUAAGAUUAUCGAACCAAUUCAAUCUCGAUGUGCUAUGUUGAGAUAUUCGAAAUUAAACGAUGAACAAUUAUUAAAGCGUUUGAUUGAAAUCGCCAAAGCUGAACAAGUUUCAUACACAUCAGAAGGUCUCGAAGCGAUCAUUUUCACUGCUCAAGGCGAUAUGCGACAAGCUAUCAAUAAUCUUCAAUCAACUGUAUUCGGCUUUGGACAUGUAAAUAGUGAAAAUGUUUUCAAAGUUUGUGAUGAACCACAUCCGAUACUCAUUCGUGAUAUGAUCGGAAAAUGUCUCAAAUGCGAAUUGGAUGAAGCAUACAAAGCCAUGAAUCAUCUGUGGAGAUUAGGUUACACAGCUGAAGAUAUCCUUUCUGUUAUCAUGCGUGUUACAAAAACAUAUGAAAUGAGUGAAUUUAUGCAAUUAGAAUUUAUUCGAGAAAUUGGUUUGACGUAUAUGCGGGUUAGUCAAGGUGUACAAUCUCAAUUACAAUUGUCAUCAUUACUUGCUCGAUUGUGUCAAAAAGCGAAGACAAAUGCUCAUUAG